AAGAGCUGGUCACUCUCCAAGACCAGCUACAGACCAGCUACAGCCUAGAGCUGAGCAUUGCAUUUGGUGUUAGACUAGCGCUUGCCCACCCUGCCAUGACGUCCAAGGUAGCCAACAGCUCCGGCAGCAACAAUGCGGAUGCCAAGCUAUCGCCGUCGGGGCUCCCCGUCCGGGAGGUCCCGGGCGGCUACGGCGUUCCCUUCUUGUCGCCGCUGCGCGACCGCCUUGACUACUACUACUUCCAGGGCGCGGAGGAGUACUUCCGCUCCCGCAUCGCCCGGAACGGCGGCGCCACCGUGCUGCGCGUCAACAUGCCCCCCGGGCCGUUCAUCACCACCGACUCCCGCGUCGUCGCCUUCCUCGACGCGCGCAGCUUCAGCGUGCUCCUCGACGACGCCAAGGUCGACAAGACCGACACGCUCGACGGGACCUUCAUGCCCUCCCUCGCGCUCUUCGGCGGCUACCGCCCGCUCGCCUUCCUCGACGCUGCCGACCCCCACCACGCCGCGCUCAAGCGCGUCAUGAUCAGCCUCGCCGCCGCGCGGAUGCACCACGUCGCGCCGGCCUUCCGCACCGCUUUCGGCGCCGUGUUCGACGCCGCCGACGCCGGCCUCGGCGACGGCCCCGUCCAGUUCAACAAGCUCAACGAGCACCACAUGUUCGACUUCACCUGCUCCGCGCUGUUCGGCGGCACGCCGCCGAGCAAGGCCAUGGGCGACGGCGCCGUGACCAAGGCCAUCAAGUGGCUCGGCGUGCAGCUGCACCCGCUCGCCAGUAAGAUCAUCAAGCCGUGGCUGCUCGAGGAUCUCCUUCUCCACACCUUCCGCCUGCCGCCGUUGCUGGUUCGCCGGGACUACGCCGACCUGACAGCCUACUUCGCCGAAGCUGCCGCCGGCGUUCUCAACGACGCCGACAAGGCUCAGUCCGGCAUCUCACGCGACGAGCUCCUCCACAACCUAGUCUUCACCGCCAUCUUCAACGCCUACGGAGGCUUCAAGAUCUUCCUGCCGCACGUCAUCAAGUGGCUAGCCCGCGCCGGCCCGGCUCUGCACGCCAGGCUCGCCAGCGAGGUCCGCGCCGCCGUGCCCAACGGCAGCGACAUCACCGUGCCCGCCGUCGACAAGAUGCCGCUGGUGAAGUCGGUGGUGUGGGAGGCGCUGCGCAUGAACCCGCCGGUGGAGUUUCAGUACGGCCGCGCGCGCCAGGACCUGGUGGUCGAGAGCCACGACGCCGCCUACCGGGUGCGCAAGGGCGAGAUGCUCUUCGGGUACCAGCCUCUGGCGACCCGCGACGAGCGCGUGUUCAAGCAGGCCGGCGAGUUCGUCCCUGACCGGUUCGUGGGCGGCGAAGGGCGGCUGCUCGGGAACGUGGUGUGGUCGAACGGGCCGGAGAACAGCGAGCCGGCGGAGGGGAACAAGCAGUGCCCCGGGAAGGACGUGGUGGUGGCGGUCGGGAGGCUAAUGGUGGCGGAGCUGUUCCGGCGGUACGACACAUUCACCGCCGACGUGAAGGAGAUGCCGCUAGAGCCGGUGGUGACGUUCACUUCGCUGACCAGGGCCAAGGCAGAGUGACCUAUAGUAGAGCAGUACUGUACUACUAUAGUGCCAAAUGGCGGCAGCGCUGCCACAAUCCACAAUAAUUGCUCGUGCUACUGGCCGGAUGUCUGUUGCAUCUCUGGUCAAAUCUGCAUGAUUUGGUUUUUACAUACCGUUCAGUGUAAAAAGGUUCUUAUAUUAUGGGAGUGCGGAAGUAACUUGGAAUUGCAUGUGAUGUGCGUGUGUUGACGAUUA